CUCUCUCUCUCUCCAAUAUGAUGUGAUAUCAUGUAUGGAUAAGUCUAAUGAAGGCAAACCUCAAAUGAUCACUUUCAACGUCAUCAACUGCAGACUGCAAAGUUUAGAAAACGCAGCUGAGCUGAACUGCUGCUGAAGUCAAUACACCAUGAUGAUGAGGCAAAAGCCCAAUUCCAACCAACCCAAACCCCGCUCCUCCCCUCCCUCCUUCUCUCUUUCUGUGUGGGCAUACCAUUACAAAAAAAAAAAAAAUUGCAACUAUUUUGAGUUCGUCAAAUUGGACACGCACCAAACCACUUCAAGUUGGAAUCUUGUAUCUUGAUACUCCGCUGCGCCAGUUCUACUCGCUUUCCCAACCCUACAAGAAACCAGUUAAAUAGACACAAUCCCAGCUCAGGAUUCGCUUCCAUCUCUAUCUCUCUGAGCGCGCGCGUCAAGUUCGCAUAUUUAAUUGAGAAAAAAAAAAUGCGAUCUCCAAUCCUACCUAUAUCCAACAAGCCUUCGCAUUCCUUAUUGGGACAGCCAUCCCCUUCAACCAUGGCUUCCGUUGCUUCCACACGCACGAUGCCACUCAUGGGAGGAGAGGAUGACCCAACUAGCAGGCUUCCUUUUUCUCCGUCCUUCGAGGAUGACAAAGCCUCAUCCCAAAAACCCCUUCUACCGAGGGCCUUAAACCCCACCACGACGACCAGUUCUAGCUCCUAUCAACAGAGGAGGCGCCAGUCAUUUGGCCGCGAUGUGGGGCACGCUGCGGCCGAGACGUUCUUGCUGACCCGGUUGACUUUGGAGCUCUUGAGAUUUCUUGGGGUAGGUUACAAAUGGAUUACAAGAUUUCUUGCCCUUUGUUGUUACGCCUUGCUACUUUUCCCAGGUUUUCUUCAAGUCGGAUAUUACUAUUUCUUCUCCCCUCAGGUUCGCAGAAGCAUAGUUUAUGGUGAUCAGCCCAGAAAUAGGCUGGAUCUGUAUCUACCCAAAAAUAGUGAAGGGCUGAAGCCAGUCAUUGCAUUUGUUACAGGUGGAGCCUGGAUUAUUGGUUACAAAGCAUGGGGUUGUCUUUUAGGACAACAGUUAUCAGAAAGAGACAUCAUUGUGGCAUGCAUAGAUUACAGGAAUUUCCCUCAGGGGACCAUGAGUGAUAUGGUAAAGGAUGCUUCCCAAGGUAUCUCAUUUGUGUGCAACAAUAUUGCUGAAUUUGGAGGUGAUCCUGACAGGAUAUAUCUAAUGGGACAGUCAGCUGGUGCACAUAUUGGUGCUUGCACGAUCUUGGAUCAGGCAAUUAAAGAAGCUGGUGAAGGGGAGAGCACUUCUUGGAGUGUCUCCCAGAUAAAGGCUUAUUUUGGUUUAUCUGGAGGGUACAAUUUGCUUAAUCUAGUAGACUACUUCCAUAGUCGGGGUCUGUACCGACCCCUUUUUUUAAGCAUAAUGGGAGGGGAAGAAUCCCUGCGACAAUUCUCCCCCGAAGUAAUGGUCCAGGACCCGAACAUUAAAAAUGCCUUGAACCUCUUACCACCUAUUUUUUUAUUUCAUGGCACUGCAGAUUACUCCAUACCUUCAGAUGCCAGUAAGAGUUUUGCUGAAACGCUUCUCAAAGUUGGGGUAAAAGCUGAAUGCAUCUUGUAUGAAGGAAAGACUCACACUGAUCUGUUUCUUCAGGACCCAAUGAGAGGGGGUAGAGAUCAGAUGUUUGAAGAUUUAGUAGCCAUCAUUCAUGCUGGUGAUGCGGAGGCCCUACACAGAGAUGAAGCGGCUCCUCCAAACAAACGCCUUGUACCUGAAUUUAUGUUGCAGUGGGCACGCAGAGUCAGCCCAUUCUAAAACCACAUAUUAUAUUGUCGAUCCCUCAACUAGCCUAAAAAGUACUUCAAAACCCAUAUUUUUGUUCAUUCACCCUCCUACUGUACAUACGUACGUCACAGUGAUGGUUAAAAAGAAACAGCAUGACUGAGAAAUAAAGAAGACGUUGAUAUACUCAGAAGAUCGUUGUUAUUGUAAUAGGCCUAGCCUAGCUAAGACUUACAUGGAUAUUAAUUUCUUAGUACACAUGCAAUUUAACUAAACCAUAAGGGUAUUAUAGAAAUGUAAACUGUGAUCUUCUUGUAGCUGCUUUUUGUACUCAGACAUCACACAGCAAACAUUAAGUAAGUUUGGUUAGUGCUUUGA